GCGUAGGCCGCUGGGCGCCUAGCGGGCCGGCGGGACGGAGGAAGCGGCCGGACUGGUGCGCCGCGGGGCAGGCCCUGGGAAGGGGGGCGGAGCCCGAGGAGAGAUCACGGCACCUGGUGGCGACCGCGAGGCCGGAGCGAUAAGCGUGGGGAGCGGGUCGUAGCCGGAGCCACGGGAGCCGCUGGGCCUCAGCCAUGUCCUACUGCCGGCAGGAAGGAAAGGACCGGAUUAUAUUUGUGACCAAAGAAGACCAUGAGACGCCAAGCAACGCCGAGCUGGUAGCGGACGACCCCAACGAUCCCUAUGAAGACCAUGGUUUGAUACUGCCCAAUGGAGACAUUAAUUGGAACUGCCCGUGUCUCGGGGGAAUGGCCAGUGGUCCCUGCGGAGAGCAGUUCAAGUCGGCCUUCUCCUGUUUCCAUUAUAGCACAGAAGAAGUCAAAGGUUCAGACUGUGUGGAUCAGUUCCGGGCCAUGCAAGAAUGCAUGCAGAAGUACCCAGACCUCUAUCCCCAGGAGGAGGAUGAAGAAGAAAAAGCCAGCGAGGGCGCAGAGGGGGCUGAAACGGCAUCCGAAGUGGCAGCCACGGCGGCUCUGACCAAAGAAGAGGGGUCCAGCUAAUGAAGACAGGCGGAGGUGCCCAUCUCCUGCCUUUCCCCCUUUCGGAGAGGCGUGGACCUUAUGCAAAAUGCCUCUCUAGGGGUCUUUACAGAAAGUCUCUUACCUUUUCAUAUUUUGUGCACUGUAUGAGAAGAAAUAACUUAUUUUGAUGGGCAGGGGCCUCAACCCUGUUACACAAACACUGAAAAAAGCUGGUAGUUCUGUAUGUGUCUGUGUGUGUGUCUGUGUAUGUGUGUAUGUGUGUACACGUACCAUAUAAACCUCUCGGCAGAUAGAGCUGCUUCUACUUUUGAAUUCUGUCCAGAGCACCCCAAGUCUCAUUAGUUUACUUGGAAUAACGUAUUAAGGCUUCUCAACCAUCCCCCUUUGGCUUCAGGCCAGGAGGGCAGGCAUGCUGAAGUCAUUCAUUCUGUUGAGGUCCCUCUUUUGUGGAUUUCAUUGUCCACUUAGGACUUAUGCAAAAUAUAUAUCUAUAUACAUACACAUCUCAAAGAGGAAGGGCCAUCCUCUGAGAUGGCUGAUUCUCAAGAGGUAAUCUCAGAUGUAUAUUGUGCAAAGGUACUGAUUCAUGAUUCAUUGACAUCAGGAAUAGAUAUGAUAUCUCUUAUACACAUAUAUAUAUAUAUGUAUAUAUAUAUUGCUGAUCGAUUCUGGAAGCGAAAUGGCUUGGGUGGGAUUUUUGUUUGUUUUUAAUUUAUGCAUUGAGCUCCUGUUUUCACACGUUUUGAGAGUACGGACUUGCGGGCACAUGGGGCAGCCUCUGAUUCUACUCACCAAAUGAAUGCAGAAAAUGGUUAUCACCGCUCCUUUGCUAUUGAGAAUGCCCUGGUUGAAGGUCCCUUUGUUAUUGCCUGUUCCAUCUUUACCAGUUCAUACAAAAUGCCCUUGGGAGGUGGAGACUGAGCUGUUACCUGGAGUAACAGUCUUAGAGAAAAUAGUGUGACUUCAAGUGCAUAUUAAAAGAAAAAAAUAUUUUUACCUG